AUGUCUAAGGAGCAUGGGGGUGUAACAUGUAACGGAUGUUCACGUAGAGACUUCAGAUUUAGACGAUAUAAGUGUCUUGUGUGCCGGGAUUAUGAUCUUUGUGGAACAUGUUUUGAUAAUCAGCAAGAAACGGACAAACAUUCAAGUUAUCAUCCAAUGCAGUGCUUAAUCACUAAAGCUGACCACGAUAUAUUCUACUGUGGAGAGGGUUCUGCGAAACAUUGUGUCCAAAGUUUCACAUGUUCAGUUUGUGGUCAGCUGGGUUUCACAGAGUCGUCUUUAUCGAAUCAUGUUUUUUCUAAUCAUCCAAAUGCUGGUGAUUCAGAAGUACUUUGUCCCUUCUGUGCAAUACACACUGAAGGUGAUCCUAAUCUUACAACACAUGAUAUUGCAAGUCAUUUCAAAAGUGUGCAUAAUCUAUCGCCUUCAGUUAAUGAGAAGAAUAUAACCAAUAGCUCAUCAGCUGCGGGUUCGCUUAUUCCGCGUUUAACUUCUGUUGAUAACAAGUGCUGUGAUACUGCAAGUCUACGAACUCGACAAACUAGUCAACCACGUGCCCAGGAUUUUGGGUUUGACAAGGUUGGAAAUUUCAACUGUGCUAAUACCAGUAGUAGCACUGCUACAUUCCACAAUCGCUUAAUUACUGACGAAUCAUGUCAUAAUCAAAAUAGUGCAAAUUCAAGUGGUAUAACGUCACAGCCUGUAUUGUAUAAUCCACGUUUCUCUCUUGGCAGUAUAGUAACGAUGAAAAACUUUUUAAAGUCUUUAGAACAUGAUAACAAAAACAAAUAUAAUAAUAAAAAUAAACUCUGUGAUGAGCGAAAUGGUUGUAAUAAUAAACCCAGCAAUAGUAACCGAAAUGAUGAAGUUCAGAACUCGACUGUUUUGCAUCUUGGUCCUGUUGCUAAGGGAACAGAUUCACAAAAUGCAGAUGACAAAUCACCAAAUGGAGAAACUUUAGAAUUUAGAAGUAAUAACAAUCAAGAUUCUGCAAAUGGAAAUCAAGACAGUAAACAGAUAGACUGUACAACAACCACUUCUGUUAGCCGGGAAUCAAAAUUUAUUGAAAAUUCAGUUCUUCUUUCCCCUUGUGAAAACGAAAACCUUACAAAUCAACAGAACAUUUCACGUGCUGACAGCAACGGAUAUCUUGAGUCAUUAACCUCAGAAGUAUUAGAUCGUAAAUUGAAUUCCUUGUAUCCUAGUCCUUCAAAAUACUCGAAAUCAUUAUCAUAUGAUUCACAUAUAAAAUCAGUUAAUGAUGACAAGUUAAAAGAUGUUAGCAAAAAGUUAGUUUUUAAUUGUCAUACAAAUGAACACCAAUCAGAAUCAACACCAGCUACUGUUCAAGAUGAUUGGGAUAUUGACUGGCAUAUGUUUUUAAAUGAAUUGGUUUGGAGUAGUCUGUGUAAUGCCGACGCUUUUUCGAGUAUCACAUAAAACGUAUAUAAAAUUAGCUUGUAUACAGACAUUCAUAAGUUACUUACUUUCAAAAUAGUCGUCUGUUUGACCUAUUUAUAUACCUUAGUUUGUUUAGCUUAUUGCCUUGUACGUGUUACUGCUUCUGUAUGUAUGUUUAAGUGUAUCAGAUUAUAGUGUCCAGUUAUAUCUGAAUGUAUGCAUUGAUCGAAGACAAUUUGAGCUCUAACCACCCUUCAAACAUGCUAUUUCCCCUUUUGAGUGUACUACACGAAACGGACUAAAAGUAGCAAUAAAUUACACUGCUUUAAUGUGUAUAUAAAUAUGUGUGAUAUAUUUUUGUUAUUACAGCAAUUCCAUACCUUCGUCUGUCGGACAAUCUAUCUUUAUAAUAUGUUAUACAAGCAAGAUUUGUUAUUUAAACUAGUAUUCUUAAAAUGUUUGCGAAUGGCUGUAAUGGUUACUUAUUUUGUGUCUGUCUGUGUGAGGAACUGAUUCCGCCUUUUUUUCAGUGUUCAUCAUCAUGUGAUCGCCUGUUAUUGACUUUCAAUACUCUAUCUCUCUCUGUCUAAUUUCUCUAUGAUUAAUGGGAUAAGUCGAAAAUAAAAAUGGGUGGAAAAAUACUACUACCAUCUGACUUAAAUGUAUAAAAUAACCCCUAUGUGUUGUGCUUGAUAUGUACACCCACAUACCUUAAAAUUAUUCUUGAAUAAAAUAUCAAAUAUUUGAAGUGGAAUCUUAUUUAUGUAUUUAACUAGUUGA